CACAGAAAAAGUUGUAUGAGUUUUUAGUGCGUAAAAUCGUUAAACUAAAGUUCUCUUUUUCGUCUCUCCGCUGGUGUUGCGCAGCAGUAGCAGCAGCAGCAGGCAGGUCCACACGGCGAGGGGUGUGUCAUUAAUAAGUAAUUAGACAGGGGUCACACACAGCCACUUAUAUAAAGAGACCCUCCGAGGCAGACAGGGCGCACAGUUAGGUGCAGAAGCGCAGACAGAGGAGCAGCUCUCUUCUUCUUCUUCUACUUCUCCAAGCAGCAUCGCUUUUUUUGUUUUCCAAACUUUAAUUUCAGGGGUUUCUCGUCUUGCAACAUGGGCUCCGUGCUCCCCGCAGACGCUUUAGCUCUCAAGUCUGGAUUUAAGUGUCCGAGUCGCGCGCUGUCGGACGUGAUCACUUCGGACAUCCUGCACAGCUUCCUGUACGGCAGGUGGAGGAACGUGCUGGGAGAACACCUGGCGGAGGAGCGGCACAGCAGCAGCCCCAAAACCGCCUUCACCGCGGAGGUGCUGGCUCAGUCUUUCGUCGGAGAGGUGCAGAAGUUGUCCAGCCUGGUCCUGCCCAGUGAGGUGAUCAUCGCGCAGAGCUCCAUCCCUGGAGAAGGUCUUGGCAUCUUCUCAAAGACUUGGAUCAAAGCAGGGACUGAGAUGGGCCCUUUCACAGGGAGAGUCCUGUCCCCUGAGCAUGUGGACCUGCUCAAGAACAACAACCUCAUGUGGGAGGUGUUCAAUGAAGACGGCACGGUGCGGUACUUCAUUGAUGCCAGCCAGGAGGAUCAGCGCAGCUGGAUGACAUACAUCAAGUGCGCGCGGAACGAGCAGGAGCAGAACCUGGAGGUGGUGCAGAUCGGCAGCAGCAUCUUCUACAAGGCGGUGGAGACUAUCCCACCUGACCAAGAGCUCCUUGUCUGGUAUGGAAACACUCACAACACUUUCCUGGGCAUCCCUGGAGUUCCAGGAAUAGACGAGGAACAGCAGAAGAAAAUCAGGACUGAAGAAUCCCACUCCUGCGAGGGCCCUGCAUCCUGCUCCCCCUUAUCCUUAUCCCUAUCCUCCUCCGCCGCCGCCACCGCCUCCACCACCUCAGCUGGCCGCAUGCGCUGCGUAAUCUGCCACCGCGGCUUCAACUCUCGCAGCAACCUGCGCUCACACAUGCGCAUCCACACCUUGGACAAACCGUUCGUCUGCCGCUUCUGCAACCGCCGCUUCAGUCAGUCAUCCACACUGCGAAACCACGUGCGUCUGCACACCGGCGAGCGACCCUACAAGUGUCACGUGUGUCAGAGCGCCUACUCGCAGCUCGCGGGACUCAGGGCGCACCAGAAGAGCGCGCGGCACAAACCGGCGGCACAUGUCGCCGACGUGUCAUCCCAAGUGUCCCCUCCUCCCCCUCCUCCACAGAUAACAGCCAUGACCCAUCAGCACCAGAUGCCCCUCGUGCACCACAUCCCCACCAUGGUGCUAUGAUGACGCAGACACGGAGGGACAGUGAUGCAGAAUAACGUUGCACUUUAGAUUACAGCUGUUGAGGAGAAGUGAAGGGAAUAAGUGAGUUCUUGUGAUAGUAAACAUCCCACAGUUUGUUACUUUAUUUGUAUUGUCUGUUUCUUUGGCGAUCAAAUGAUCCACACUCCAGCAGAAAGUGGAAUAAACAAUAUUUUGGAAAUUUCAGAUAUUCUCAAAAAACUCUGUUUUAUGAUAUUACAUACUUUUCAUUUGUAAUCUGUGUGUCAGCAAAUCAGCUAUUUUCUAUAUUCUUCAUUUUGCAUCACAUCCUCACCAGCUCAGUUGAACAGUUCAUUCAACCAGAGAUUUGAACAUUGAAACAUAAAAGGGACGUGCUUCAGCUGCGUCGGUCCACACUGUAAACUGAAUUUGUCACUUUAGCCUUGCACAGACUGUAAACUAUACAAUUGUGUAAUUGUAAAAUUGUAUUGUACGCUACUGUACAUGUGAAUGUAAAUAGAUUUGUGCUUUCCUGUAUUCUAAAUAAAU